AUGAAUGCGCGCGAUGAACUGGUAGAGCAACUUUCUAUUGCCCUUUCAGAUAUUGAGCAGCUCCAACCCUGCACCGACACUGCAUUAGACGCCGAGUUACUUGGCGCUGUAGCGGAUUACAUUGAGUCAGGUGUGAAUGCCGAAGCAACGCUGAAACGACUGCGCGGUACCCUCGCACAAGUGGCAAAAAAAGGGAGUGUACCGCAGGCCCCGGUACAGGUCAAAAAGGAAAGCGAGGGCGAAGAAAAAGAGAUGAAUGGAAACGGCGCUGUUAGCGCCCCCGUGCUCACAGCAGAGGAAUUAGGAAGACAACGGGCACAGCUCAUUUUAAGAGAUAUUCUGAAAGAACGGUAUGCCAGACAUUAG